UUAUUUGCUCUCUGUAAUUUCGAUAUCUUCCGCCUCCCAUUUUAUGAUCUUGACUUUAUAUGCAUCUUUGGUUAUUUGGAAUGCACAAUAAAUUGCACAAAUUCGCUUGGAUUGAUUUAACUGAUUUUUUUUUUUAUUUUUUUUUAUUUUUUUAUUUUUUUAUUUUUUGGGUGAAAAAAAUGAAUGAAUUAGUUAUGAGCCGGGCCAGGCUGCCAAAACUAGCAUUUAGAGGCCGUGUUAUAUACAGUAGAACCAAGGACGAGGUUGAGAAAUCCGCAGCGGAGCUGCUCCAUGUUAUUGAAGAGAAGACAAGACAAGAGGAAUCAGUUGCUCUCGGGUUUGAUACUGAAUGGAAACCUAGUUUUGUGAAAGGUGUUUCACCUGGGAAGGCUGCUGUUAUUCAGAUAUGCGGAGACAUGGACAAUUGUUAUGUUUUUCAUAUCUUUCAUUCUGGAAUCUCUCAGAGUCUACAAUUGCUUCUUGAGAACUCCACACCGAAGGUUGGAGCAGGUAUUGCAUAUGAUGGUGGCAAGGUUUUCAAAGAUCAUAAUGUACGUCUAAAAGGUUUGAAAGAUCUGUCUGCACUUGCAAACCAAAAGCUUCAUGGAGGUCCUAGGAAAUGGGGUUUAGCAUCACUAACUGAAAAACUCCUCUACAAAAAGCUUGCCAAGGGGAACUAUAUCAGAUUGGGAGAUUGGGAGACUACAAGUUUAUCAAAAGAACAACUUAAUUAUGCUGCCACAGAUGCUUAUACUUCAUGGCAACUAUAUCAUGAACUAAAGAAGCUUCCUGAUGUUGAUAAAGAAAGCAAUUAGGGCAGACAAUGACCUUAGCUUGCUGCAACUUUGGUAGCAAUUAUUGCAUUAAUGAAAAUAAGUGGGAAAUAUCUUUUUGUGUUGUAGCGCAAUUUUCACACAUUCAAGUGCGCACUUGCUGAAGCAAUUGGGGUUAGGGAGGCUCUCAAAUGGUUGAAGAGCAUGAAUACUGACAGGGUCCAAGUAGAAAUGGAUGCUCCACUGGUGAGCUGGAAGGAUUAAACAACAGCGACAUAAACUCUUCUUUUGACCUCAUCAUUAAUGAUAUUAAGAAACUAGCAUCUUACUUGUUAGCGACAUGCUAAUACAACUGCCCAUUUGUUAGCCAGGGAAGCGGUUGCAUGGAAUGGUUUUCCAUUCUUUUUAAUUAUCUUCUUGAUGUUGUGAACUUUGAUAUGAAUUAAUGAAUUUAAAUGUUUCUCAAAAAAGAAAAAUAAAGUGCACUUUCAAGUCAGAGAUGUUCUUGUCGCCACUAACAUAGUGUACCAUCCUUGAUGAGGCACUUCAGCUACUGCACUUUCUCAACAAGUAAUCUCUGUCACUUUCACAUCUCUUCAAUCUGCUCAUAUAUGACACAAGUAGCUGUUCAAUACUUGGGUAAUUAUUUUUACAGCCAUUCUGAUGGUAGAUGAAGCCAUCAAGGUGGUCGGGUGACUGUUUUGCUGGAGCAGAGGUUUGCUGCUUAUUCCACACACCAUGUUUAGAGGUACGGACUAUGAAUUGUACAUAGACAGAUAGCAUGACUUCAUUUCAUUUAAUGCAAUUUGGAUUGUUCUUGCAAGCAUGGGUUUCCAGUUUCCUGAAUCUCUUAGCUACAAAAACACAGUUGAUUGAUUGUUGAGUUGGCAUGCAUGCUUUUACUCUCAUCUUUUAGCUAAAAUCAAAUGUGACCGACUUUGGGAGGAGAAUUAAAGUUGGUGA